AUGGCUAGAGAGCUCCCCCGUCGCCGCCGUGCCCCUGCAGAUGGCGUUUAUUCGAAUCCUCCCUCUCCUCAGGCUCCCAGGGCCCCCCAAACGAUGCUUGAUACACCGCGCCGUGCGCGCCUCCUUGCCGACGCACGUCUUACAGCUGGCAAAUUACCUCAUAACGAUGGACCACAUGGCACAAAGGGUGUUGCCAAUAACAAGGUUAAGCAAGCAAAAAUCAAGCUUAACAUCAAAUGGCAAGCUCAGCCUUCCAAUUCGCCAGAUCUCAAUCCCAUUGAGACCAUUUGGAGGAUAAUAAAGCAGCGUUUAAAGUCCAGGGGGGUCAUCUUCCAAACUGAGACGCUGAAGGCUGCUAUCCAAGAGGAAUGGGAUAAAAUCACUAUUGAGGAGAUCAACAAUGCCAUCUCUACCAUGCCAGAUAGAGUCAGAAAGACAUACUAUGAAUGGAACAAAUUCAAGCAGAACGAGCUCAACUUGCACUAUAAGGAAAAUAAAAACCGAUAUCUGGCGCCUUAUGUCAAGCAACAAGAUCACCACAUAUACCGGAGCCGUUUUCAAAACGAGCUGUGGUUCGAUUUGCUGGACACUGUGAUUGAUUGGUUCGGAGCGGACAAGUUUAAGGAUGUCAUGGCAUAUUACCGAAAGGAAGAUCGACUGAUGGACGAAGUCACUCUGGAGCAAGAGGUGUCUGACCAUCUGCGAAAAAUCCGACGACACACCAACGUAGUCCCGGGACUCCAUAAAUCUGAUAUCUACCAGCGCCCUGCCCUUAUCACAGUGAGCAUUGGUGAUUCUGCAAAUCCGGUUUAUGUUCGCUGGCGCAAUGGUACCACGUGCCAUGAAGAUAUGGGAAAGCCAAAGGAAGAGCUUAUUAGAACUGAUUAUGAUCAUGGCUAUGUUCGAGAAGAAGAUGCCGGCAGCCUCCUCUAUCGACACGUUGAAAUCAAUCUGGAGCAUUCCAUGACUCGCGCAGGGCAAAAACCCAAAGGCAAAGGAAAGCGUAAAGAGUUGAGCGAUCCAUUCGCGCUAUCAGAUGAUGAUGGUGCACCGGAGACUCCUGGGAAUGGAAGAGAAAACGGGAAACGUGGAAGGAGGUCCAGCGCGAAUGGGAGUAUCAAUUUCUGCUACAUGGCUGCGGCAGCUAUUUUCCCCCAAAAAGUCUGA